AUGCGAGAGGUUAUCAGUGUCCACGUUGGUCAAGCCGGUGUUCAAAUCGGUAAUGCUUGUUGGGAGCUUUACACUCUCGAACAUGGUCUGAGCCCCGAUGGACGUCUUAUGGAAGGAUCCCCUCACGGUGGUGAUGAUGGUUUCUCCACUUUCUUCUCUGAGACCGGUACCGGAAAACACGUUCCUCGAUCCCUCUAUGUCGAUCUUGAACCCAACGUAGUUGAUGAAGUUCGAACUGGUACUUACCGAAGUCUCUUCCACCCUGAAACCAUGAUCACCGGAAAGGAAGAUGCUGCCAACAACUACGCUCGUGGUCACUACACCAUCGGUAAAGAUCUCGUCGACAACGUACUUGAACAAGUACGAAGACUCGCCGAUAACUGUUCGGGUCUUCAAGGUUUCUUCGUCUUCCACUCUUUCGGUGGUGGUACAGGUUCAGGUUUCGGUGCUCUCCUCAUGGAAAGACUUUCAACCGAUUACGGAAAGAAAUCAAAACUUGAGUUCUCAGUUUACCCCGCACCCAAGAUGUCCACUUCGGUCGUAGAACCUUACAACUCUGUUCUCACCACUCACACCACCCUUGAACACUCUGAUUGUUCAUUCAUGGUUGAUAACGAAGCCAUCUACGACAUCUGCCGAAGAAACUUGGGCAUCACCUCCCCAUCUUUCACCAACCUCAACAGAUUGAUCGCCCAAGUCGUGUCUUCCAUCACUGCUUCUCUUCGAUUCGAUGGUUCCCUCAACGUCGACUUAAACGAGUUCCAAACUAACUUGGUACCUUUUCCUCGUAUCCACUUCCCCCUCGCCACCUACGCUCCUGUCGUCUCUGCUGAAAAGGCCUUCCACGAGUCCAACUCUGUCUCUGAAAUGACCAUCUCCUGUUUCGAGUCCAACAACCAAAUGGUCAAAUGCGAUCCUCGACAAGGAAAAUACAUGGCUUGUUGUCUACUUUACCGAGGUGAUGUCGUCCCCAAGGAUGUCAACGCCGCCGUCGCCAACGUCCGAACCAAACGAACCAUCCAAUUCGUCGACUGGUGUCCUACCGGUUUCAAAUUGGGUAUCUGUAACGAACCCCCUGCUCUCGUUCCCGGAGGUGAUCUCGCCAAGGUCUCUCGAUCUCUCUGUAUGCUUUCCAACACCACUUCCAUCGCUACUGCUUGGGCUCGUCUCGAUAACAAAUUCGACUUGCUCUACUCCAAGCGAGCGUUCGUUCAUUGGUAUGUUGGUGAAGGUAUGGAAGAGGGAGAGUUCUCAGAGGCAAGAGAAGAUUUGGCAGCCUUGGAGAAAGAUUACGAGGAAGUUGGAAUUGACUCUGUUGAUGCCGAAGAGGAAGAGGGUGAAUACUAG